AUGGCUGAAGCUCUUGUUGUUGAUGGUGUGAAAUUUCUGGUGGGGAAGGUGAUUUCGGUGGCGACACCAGGGAUUUUUUCAGUGUUUGGAUUCGAGAAGGAGGUGGAAUCCUUGGGAGCAUCUGCUCGACAGAUCGAAGCGGUGUUGGCUGAUGCUGAGAAAAAGGAAACCGAAAGCGAGGUGGUGCGACUUUGGCUGGACAAAGUUGAAAGUGUGGCUUUUGAUGCUAGCAACGUCUUCAGUGAACUCAACUACCAGAUUAUCCGGCAACAGGUGAAAUCCAUCAACAAAUACUCUAAGUGGGGGAAGGUACUUUUAUUUUUCUCCUCACCUACAUAUGAACUUCGUUUUCGAAUGAAAAUGAGUUCCAAAAUCCGGGAGGUCAACGCAAAGUUGACGAGUUGCAAUCUGAAAGCCAAUGAGAUCGGACUAAUCAGAAAUGCAUUAAUGGUUCCUGGUCCUGCCGAAGAAGUCGUCUCCGUGGUCAGUCGACAGACUAAUUCUCUUGUUCCCGACCUCGUUGUCGGAAGAGAUAAAGAAGUAUCUGAAAUUGUGGCCAAGUUGUUGGGUUUCUGUGAUAAAGAUGGUGUUUAUACUCUUCCCAUUGUUGCAACUCUUGUAUCCAGCCAUGGCCCUGCCUUUUUUUUGGAAAAGCUUGGAGAUGAUGGUUGUUGGUCUGUCAUUACACGAAAGGCAACUAAAGAUGGUACUAUACCGGGAGAGUUGAAUGCCCUCAAAGACCAAAUCUUGAAGAGAUGUCAAGGUCUGCCGCUGGCUGCGAAUGUAAUUGGAGGGCUCCUAAGUUUGCAGAAGAAAGAAGACUGGUUUUCCAUCGUGAAAGAUAAGAUUUUGAAGUUUGGUGGCGAUCAUGAAGGCGCUACUGGCAUUAUGCAGCUAUGGAUGGCAGAGGGUUUUCUCGAUCUUGAUAGAGGAGCAUCAUCAACAAUGGAGGAAAUAGGUGGCAACUAUCUUAGAAUUCUGGUACAGAGUUCCCUGUUGGAGAAAACAGAUUAUUAUUCUAAAUAUCACCCAACUUAUAGAAUUCACGAUCUUGUUCAUGACCUUACUGUACGAGUUUCCAAGCCAAAAAGGAGCCUUGUAUUAGACUCGUUUAGACGACGGAAGCAGAAUCAGGUAUUGACUAAUGCAGAAUCAGUAAGAACACUGUUUGUGAAGGGUAGCAUUUCUGAUGAAAUGUUAUCCAAGUAUAAGUCACUACGCCUGCUGAAAGCUUCGUGGGGGAACAUAACAGAUUACUUACCCGCAAUCAGCACAUUGAAUCAUUUAACCCAUCUUGACCUUUCACAUUCAAAAAUCAAGGUGCUCCCUGAAUCUAUUUGUAAGCUUUACAAUUUGCAAACAUUGAGGUUGAAAUGGUGCUAUGAUCUGCAAGUUCUUCCACGGGGGAUGAAAAAUCUGAUCAGUUUGAGACACCUUCAGUAUAUCAACUACGAUAAGAAGUUCCAAAUGCCCCCAGAGUUGGGAAGACUAUCAUGUCUUCAGACUUUGGAGUUCUUCAAUGUAGGAGAAGUUGAUGAAGGUCGUGGAAUACAGGAGCUCGGUCCCAUGAAACAACUUGAAGGUAGCCUCGUGAUACGCAAUCUUGAAUUAGUACAAGGUAAAGAAGCGGCAAAAGUAACAAAUUUAUCAAAGAAGCAGAAUUUGAUAGCGUUGGGAUUUGAGUGGGGGAGUAGUGAAGAACGUCGUGAUGGCACUGAAACUUGCGAUGAAGAAGAAGUAUUGGAAUGCCUGAAACCUCAUCCGAAUCUACAAGAGUUGAGAAUCGUAAAUUUUAUGGGCAAUCAAUUUCCCGAAUGGCUAGGGAAGUUGUCAUCGUUGACUGAACUACAGUUGCAAGGCUGCGAGAAUUGCACUCAACUUUCAGGGCUCUAUAAUCUGAGAUAUCUUGAAACUCUAAGAUUCGGGAAGAUGAGAAGUUUAACUGAAUGGAAAGAAGCAGAAACCGUUGGUGGUGAUGAUGUUGCUCGGUUUCCCAGGCUUAGGGAACUGAGUAUUUCUGAUUGUAGCCAACUGAGUGCCACUCCAACUAUGUUUCCAGCUCUUCACGGCCUGUGGGUAUCCGGAAAUGUGAAACCUUUGGUGAUUAAAAAUAUUCUGACAAGCGGAGUGGCUAGAGUUCCGGAAAUUUUGAUCAUAGCGAGUGUGGAUGGACUGAAUUGUCUCUCUGAUGUGGUUGGACUACUUGAUCACCACAACAGCUUCAGUCAUGAUGAUAACCACCUCACCUCUUUGAAGAUGUUUUGCAUUUUUAGUUGCACAAGUUUGACUAAUAUACAGAAUGAAAUACUGGAAGGUUGUUCAGAUCUUGAGUCUUUUUGGGUGAUUAACUGUCCGAAUCUUGUGUCAUGCCCCGUUGAUUUGCAGGAAACACCUUCUAUCCAAGAGUUUUGGUUCCAAGAUUGUCCAAAGCUAUUCAUCCAAAAUGAUACGCCCAGAGGAUUUGGUCACCUCCCCAACUUAUCGGAAGUGUCCAUUGGUCCUUUCUCCAAUGAUUCGAUUAAUUAUUUCGACUGGUCAGGAUUGUCAUCCUAUUCUUCCAAACUCAAACUUCUAUGUUUAUCUGGACUUUAUCAUACUCAGCUCCCUGAUCAGUUUUUACAAGAGUUGGUUCUUGUGGAUUUUGGCGCUUUAGAAAGCCUACCUGACUGGUUGGGCGACCUUGUUUCUGAUAGGAUAUGGAAAUAA